CUCAAAAGCUAGAAAGAGGAAAGCAAAAAAACUUAAGGGAAAGUAGGCGGAAGCUUAAUCAUAGAGAAGAACCCAAAUAGUCAAUUUGAUCAUAGGGAAGGAAGAGCCAAUUUCAGAAGAAAUACUGUACGUUUCGUUGGAGUAAGAAGAAAGGCACAUGGCGGAUACGGCAGUAUCCCCUCUUAUCAACAGGCUGGUUCCCUUGCUGACCCAAGAAGCAAAACUGUUACGAGGCAUCCAUGGAGAAGUUGCUGAGAUCAAAGAUGAACUGGAGAGCAUUCAGUCCUUCCUCAAGGACGCAGAUGCAAGGGCGGCAGUAGAAGAAGACACCAGUGGGGGAGUCAAAACUUGGGUGAAACAAGUACGAGAAGUUGCUUUCCGUAUAGACGUUGCCAUAGACCGAUACUUGCUUGAUGUGGCACAACAUGAUCCUCAUCGGCGUGGCUUCAUCGGUUUUGUUUAUAAAACAGCUCACUUACUAAAAACAUUGAAACCCCGCCAUAAGAUGGCAUCUGAAAUUCAGGAGAUCAAAGCAUCAUUUCAAAAAAUCAAGGAAAGAAGUGAUAGAUAUCAGUUCAAAUUCAUCGAUCAAGGAUCCGGCAGUAGUGCUCCAAAAGCAAGGUGGUUGGACCCUCGAAAGGAUUCCCUAUAUCUUGAUGAUAUUGACAUUGUGGGAAUUGAAUUUCCUAGAGAUACGUUGAUUAAUUGGUUGGUAAAUGGACCGCCUCAUCGCACUGUGCUCUCGGUGGUGGGAAUGGGCGGACUAGGCAAGACUACUCUUGUCAAGAAAGUCUACGACCACCAAAUUGUGAGAGGACACUUUGUCUGCCAUGCUUGGGUCUCCGUUUCUCAAUCAUACAACAUAGAAGAUCUUCUAAGGAGCGUGAUAAAGCAAUUUUGUGAGGUGAGAAUGGAGCUCCCUCCUGUGGGAAUGGACUCAAUGGAUGAGGAGUCAUUGAUCAAAAACUUAAGAGAUUACUUGCAACAAAAGAGGUAUGUGGUUGUAUUUGAUGAUGUAUGGAAAAUAGAUUUUUGGGAGGAUAUAAAGCAUGCUUUACUUGAUAAUAUCCAUGGUUGUAGAAUAUUGAUCACAACUCGGAUGUGGGAAGUUGUUAAUUUUUGUAAAAAAUCCUCACAUGUCUAUGCUCAUCAGUUGCAACCACUGCCUCCGGAGAAGGCAUGGGAGCUCUUUUGUAAAAGAGCAUUCCGAUUUGACUCCGGAGGGCAAUGCCCCACGGAGUUGGAGAAAUUGUCUCGUGAAAUUGUCAUGAAAUGCCAAGGAUUACCACUUGCAAUUACUGCUAUAGGUGGUCUUUUAUCAACCAAGAACAAGACCUUGUUUGAAUGGAGAAACUUGCAUGACAAUCUUGGCUUUGAGUUAGGAAGAAAUCCCCAUCUUGCUAGUGUCAACAAGGUUCUAUCCUUAAGUUUUGAAGACUUGCCUUACCACCUCAAAUCUUGUCUCUUAUACUUUGGCAUGUAUCCAGUGAGUUUUGCCCUUUCACGUGGAAUAUUGAUUGAACAAUGGAUAGCUGAAGGUUUUGUCAACAAAAUAAAUGAUAAGGCAUUCGAAGAUAUUGGCCAAGAAUACUUGAUUGAGCUUAUUAACAGAAGCUUGGUUCAAGUGUUAAACAUUGACGCUGCUGGAGUAGUUGUACGCUGUCGAAUCCAUGAUCUACUGCAUGAGAUCAUCCUACAAAAGAUGGAAGAUCUAAGUUUCUGUCACGUUUUAUCCAAAGAAAAGUCUACUUUUGAAGGACUAACUCGGCGCAUGUCAGUUAAUAGAGCUUCGCUUGGUGUGUUGGAGCAAUUUAAGAAAUCUCAUAUCCAUUCUCUUUUAUUCUUCAAUAUUAAUGAAUUUCCAAUAUCCUUCAUGAGUAAAUUUCUUCAAAAUUUCAAGCUUGUGAAAAUAUUGGAUUUUGAAAAUACUCCCCUGGAUCAUCUUCCCGAAGAGGUGGGGAAUUUAUUUCACUUAAGGUAUUUAAACUUGAAUUAUACAAAAGUGAAGACACUCCCAAACUCCAUCGGAAAGUUGCAGAAUCUAGAGACUUUGUUAAUGUUGCAAACCGCAAUACAGGAGAUACCAGUUACAAUCAACAUGCUUCAUAAGCUACGUCAUCUUGUAGGCCGCUAUUUUGAUGCCAAGAUGGAUAUGAGUCUUAAUAUGAUGAGAGGAGUUAAAUUACAUUGGAGUAUUGGAUGCUUAAAGGCACUGACAGAGCUACAAUACGUGGACGCAAAUUAUGGAGGGGUCAAAUUGAUUGAAGAGUUGGGGAAGUUGAGUCAAUUGACGAAUCUUGCCUUGGUAAACCUAACAAAGGAAACUGGGAGGGCUUUGUGUGUCUCUAUUGAGAACAUGAACUGUUUAAAAGAUCUAUUUGUAAGUUCGAUCAACGAAGAUGAGGUCAUCGAUUUACAGCCCAUUUCAUCUCCUCCCAAAUGUCUUCAAUUCCUCCGCAUAAGUGGGCGUUUAGCCAAGUUGCCUGACUGGAUUUCAGAACUUCAACACCUAGUCUUAUUACAGAUUUAUUGGACAAGGUUGAGUGAUGAUCCACUCAAAGCAUUUCAAAAUCUACCUAAUCUAGUGGAGCUCAAACUGGGAAUAAAAGCAUACAAUGGAGAGCAAUUGCACAUUGGGAAAGGAGGAUUUCCAAAACUCAAGGAGCUACGGCUCAUAGAUUUGUCUGAAUUGAAUUCAGUGAAUAUAGAAAAAGAAGUGUUCCCCCUUCUUGAAACAUUGUUUAUUGGGGAUUGUUCACAAUUGAAGGAGGUACCGUCUGGUUUCCAACACCUCAGAAACCUUAAAAAACUGAUUGUUACAGAUAUGCCCACAGAAUUCGAAAAAAGUUUGGAUCCAGAGCAAGGGUCACAUUAUUGGAUCAUUCAGCAUGUACCAUUCAUCUCACUCCAUCACAAGGUUCGCGAAGGUAUUUAUGGCUAUGAGACCCGCAAUCUCCGUUCUAAGGAUUUGGAGAGGUCAAGAGGUCAAACAAUCAACCAAGAUGAUGACAACAAAAACAAUAUUAGUGGCGAUGACAUUAGCGCUUCAGUUGAAAAAGGUAAGCAAGCAAUUUCUACGUAGUGAUGCCAAUUGGAAUUUGUUUGAAUCUCUCUGCAUUGGAUCAUUCUCAUGUGCACCUUAGUUUUGGAAUUGUUGGGCUUUAUCUACCGACUUGAGCAGAGAGCGGAGACAUAAAUGUUGCUAUUGGUUGGAUUUAUGUUCUGACAAUCAACCCAGAAGAUUUGUGGCUUUUGAAUUUUAUUUAAUUUUUUCAAAUGCUUGUUAUUGUGUCUUUGGUACUGCUAGUUGUUUUACCCCAAAUUAAGUGGUUGUCUAUGACAUAAUUAAGUACUUCUUUGUUAAUUUUUUCCCUACUGCUGUGAUCACUUUGUAACUCUUUAUAUAUCCUGUGAAAGGAUAUGAACCUCUUUGAAUUAUGUUCUUUCUGGUUUUGAUAUCCCUCAAUUAUAAGAUAUUGCUUCUAUCUCUUUGAUCAA